CCAAAAGAGCAAGGAAAACCAAAGAAGAACAAAAACAUUAUACAAAAGAAAAGGAAAAGACAGAGAAGUAGCAAUACUUCUACUUCAUCAAGAGGAAAAAGAGAAAGCAAAAUUUAUGUAUAUCUUAAAAAGCCUGAUCAGUAUAAGGCAGUUAAAUUUUUA